UUUUCUUCAAAUUGGUUGUUAUGGCUCUCCCAAUCUCAGCAUCACCUUUUAUUUCUCAACAUUAUAGGUUCUCCAAUUUUCAUCUCAGGCUGUCGAUUCCAAUUAAGUCUACAAAUAAAGUUUUCAAACCAUCCAACUUUCCUUCAUCAAAAUGGCCCACCAAUAAAUUGAUCCAGCCAAUAGGGCUCAAUGGGGACAGCAGAUGGUCACAACCCUUAUUAUUUGGCCAACACAAUCGUAAUUUCGUUCAGGCAUCUGCUAAACUCGAUUUUCCCGACAAAAACCAACCUGAGGAGAUUUUGGCAUCUGCUAAACUCAAUUUUCCCGACAAAAAUCAACCUGAUGAGGCAGCUGCUUCCAAUUUGGUUGCCAAAGUUUUACGUUUUGGAUCCAGUGUAUGGAGGUUCAUAAGGCCCUAUUCAAUGACUCAACCAUUUACAGCGUCCAUAUGUUUAUUUGCAAGAGUAAUGGUCGAGAACAGACAGUUGUUUCAAUGGUCCCUACUGUCUACGGCAUUCUUGGGCCUAAUUAGUGUAGUUCUUGCAUACGUUUAUUUGAAUGGCAUUAAUCAAAUUUUUGACAUCGACAUUGAUAGGAUGAACAAACCAUAUUUACCCUUACCAGCAGGGGAUCUUUCACUAAAACAAGCAUGGUUUAUGACGAUAUUUUCUGUAUCUACUGGUCUAUCGAUUUUGUGGUUGGUGAAUGCCGACCUAAUCACUACUUGUCUCUAUGGUACUUGUAUUUUAGUGGCGACUUUAUAUUAUGUUCCUCCAUUUAGAGUGAAGAGAGAUCCUGUUGCAACGGCUAUUUUGCUUCCUAUGAUGAGCAUUUGUAACUAUACUGGUGUACUCUACGCCACCAUAACUUCUCUUGGGCUUCCAUUCCAGUGGACCCCCCCAAACGUUUUCAUCAUGACCUAUUCUACUUUGUUUUUCUUUGUUAUUUGUCUUAUUAAAGAUAUUCCAGACGUCGAAGGUGACAGAAAGUAUAACAUUCAAACAUUCGCGGCGAAAUUCGGACCUAAAAAUAUUACAUUUCUUGGAACGACCAUUAUGCUACUAACUUAUAUUGGUGCUACAGUAAUUGGCAUCUACAUGUCUCAGGCUUUCAAGUCUUACAUAAUGUUGCCUGCUCAUUCAAUCUUUGCCUUAUGGUUACUUUUCGAGGCGAGAAAGUUGGAAAGAGCAAAUUAUGUCCCGGAAGCAAGCGCAAAUUUUUAUCAAAUCCUUUGGAAGCUUCUUAUGUUGGAGCUCCUCUUAUUUCCUUUCAUAUAGUAAAUUAAUUGCGAGUUAACCGUACGUUUUACGCAUACAUAAUAUGGUGGGGUGGGGGAAUAAAGUGAGUUGUGCGUUGUUAAGAAAUAAUCACUUAUAUUUCUUUCAGUUUCAAAAAUAGGCAGUCAAAACAACUAUUAUGAUUCUAAAUUUCAUAAAAAGAUAC